GAUUAAAUGAUGGUCAAUGUCAUUCAACCGACUUGUUCUGAAUCCAGGUUGUUACGGACAUCACGCAGCCUGGCCUUGCAGUACACCUGGACUGAUGUCACAUACUGGAGACUGCAGGAUAAAAGGUAAAGACAAUGAUGGAUUUCCGGCCUCUUGUCCCAAUUUUCUUUUCUACACAGUUUCCUGGCAACCCGUCAAUCUGGUGAUAUGAAACUACUGCGCCCUCCCCUGCUACUCUGCAUACGCCGGGGUGCUCGAUGCCUGUAAUCCCCAUCCCCCGCCGUGUUCGUUCAUUCCACGGCCCCCACACCACUUGUCUACAUUCCGCCUGCGGACCGGUCCGGACCACAAACCUUGUGCGCACCAAGUACAACAACUUCGACAUCUACCUAAAGUCCAGAUGGAUGUAUGGAUUCAUCCGCUUCCUGCUGUAUUUCAGCUGCAGCCUCUUCACUUCCAUCCUCUGGGUGGCACUCUCGAUCUUAUUUUGCCUUCAAUAUUUUGGCAUCCGAAUUUUCCUACGCUUCCAGUACAAACUGUCCAUCAUCCUGCUGCUGCUAGGGCGGAGACGGUUCGACUUUAGCCUCUUGAACGAACUGCUUAUUUAUGGCAUUCAUGUAACCAUGCUGCUUGUCGGUGGACUCGGCUGGUGUUUUAUGGUGUUUAUAGAUAUGUAAAUAAAUGCAUGCCGAUGAAGAACACUGCUCCUUGGCAGAUGAAGUAUGA